UUAGAAAACUUCCAAGAGUUCACCAGGAUACACACCAGUUUGCUUGUCUCCAGCUCGCUGGAUUAUUUUCAGCCAAUGAGACAACUUUAUUAAACACGAGAGACUCAACCAGAAGAAAUGCUCUGUGCACAAGAUUUGCUUGCAAAAAGUAAUGAAUCAUUAAGUGAGAAUUAGGAUUCCAGCAAGAGCAGUCUGAAAGCAAAUUUUGGUUUCAAAGUCAAAAUUGGCACCUUGAAUUGGAUCCGGAAGCAAACUGUCAGCAAGUACAGCUCAGGGAGCAAAGGUGUGACAUGUGCUGCUUCAGAAACACAUAUAGCUAUCCAGCCACCGCAUUCUCUACCUGCUAAAACUUUUGGAUAGUCUUCAAGGGCAGCUCUGCAGAGUUCAUUGAAGGCAUCCAAUAAACAGGUGGCAUGGACAGAAUUGACCGUAACCAGGGCCUGCAGAUCCAGGAACAGCCACCACUGGCUCUCAAAUCAAUCAGUAAUAAAAGUUUUAGAUUGCAGAGAGUUUGUGAUCUCUGGUGACAGCCAACCCCUGCCAAAGUGCAGGAAUUUUUAGAUCAGCUUCCAAUCUGCAAACUAGUGGCCUCCAAAUGUUUUGCCCAGGCAGCCUGGGAAUUCCCAAGACUUAAAUCUUAGUGCUCUGGAAAUUGAGAAGGCUGCUCUAAAGAGAUUUGUAUUCCCCAAUAAUACAGAGGGGAUGAUAGAAUCGCCUAUAUCCUGAGGUCGUUGGAAACAACGCGGAAAGACACUUCCAGAUUUUGUCCUGCAUUAUUCUAUUAAUAAGAUGAAGAUGGCAAAUUGGUAAUCCUUUAGGGCUGCGCACACACACACAAAAAACUUCAUGAACUUUUAGGGCCCAGUAAGCGCUUGUCUAAUUUUAGGAUGCUAGAGAUCGGACGAUCUAGCUUCAGGUGGCUAGAUGGCGCUCUAUGGUUAGGCAAGAAUCACCGGCAAAAUCGCAAAUACAGUAGCAGCGCCUAUAGCUGAACCUAAAGCAAUUGAGACCAUAGAGUCGUAGGUUGCUAGAGAGAAUAUGGAGGAGAGGAAAAGCACCGAGAAACCUCCUCUUCAGGCUUCCUAAUGAGAGGCUGGUGGGGGCCGUCGUGCUUUUUCCCAGGUGGAAGCUGGAAGACAAAGAGAAUGCCAAGAAAAAUGCCAAGAACAGCAUUCUGGACAGCAGAGAAUCAGAAGACAAAUUCUUUACAUCUGGUAAUCAACAUCUUUUCCCUGUCCUCCAGAAAACCAUGAAACUCUUCUCCUUCUCCAGCAAGUGAGAGAAAAGAGAGAAAAAAUAGGAAGAGUUUUGAGCUGAAAAACAAAUAUUGUAUGUGGAACUCAGGGAAACAUUAUAUGAAAAAAUAAAGGUGGAACAUUUCCAGAUUCAGAAAAAGAGGAAAUCGUUAGAUGUCUAUGAGGAGGAACCGCUCAUUCCAGACAAUAAUGCAGACCUCACUCUGUGAAGAAACAGCUUGAUCCAUCCAAGAAAGGAUCACAAAUAUUUUUUAAUCUCCUCAAGAAUCCAAAACAAUCAGUGGUGGAAAAGCUCCACAGAUGUGCAUAUUGUGGGAAAAACACAGAUUGCAUACCCGAGCUCAUUAUGCAUGAGAGGAUCUACACUGAAGAAAAGCCCUACCAGUGCCCACAAUGUGGCAGAAAAUUUAGUAAGCAUGCCAACCUGGUGCUACACGAAAGGACACACACUGGAGAGAAACUAUUUGAAUGUCCAGAAUGCGGGAAAAGUUUCAGUCAGAAUUCCUACUUGGUGAUACACCAGAGGAUUCACACUGGGGAGAAACCAUAUGAGUGUCCAGAUUGUGGGAAAAAUUUCACUCGAAAUUCUGACUUGGUGAUACACAUGAGGACUCACACAGGAGAGAAACCAUAUGAGUGUCCGAAUUGUGGGAAAAGUUUCAGUAAGAAUUCUGACUUGGUGAUACACCAGAGGAUUCACACAGGAGAGAAACCAUAUGAGUGUCCAGAUUGUGGGAGAAGUUUCGGUCAUAAUUCCGUUCUGGUGAUACACCGGAGAACUCACACUGGGGAGAAACCAUAUGCAUGUCCAGAGUGUGGGAAAAGUUUCAGUAAUAAUUCUAAUCUUGUGAAACACCAGAGGACUCACACAGGAGAUAAACCAUAUAAGUGUCUACACUGUGGAGAAAGUUUCAGUCAGAACUCUUGUCUGGUGAUACAUCAGAGAAAGCACACAGGAGAGAAACCAUAUGAGUGUCUGGAUUGUGGGAAAAGUUUCCAUCAGAAUUCUAACCUGGUAAAACACCAGAAGACUCACACAGGAGAGAAACCAUAUGAGUGUUGGAAUUGUGGGAAAUGUUUCAGUAACAAUUCCAAUCUGGUGAUACACCAGAGGAGUCACACAGGAGAGAAACCAUAUGAGUGUUCGGAUUGUGGGAAAUGUUUCAGUAACAAUUCUAAUCUAGUGAUACACCAGAGGACUCAUACCGGAGAGAAACCAUAUGAGUGUUCGGAUUGUGGGAAAUGUUUCAGUAAGAAUUCUAAUCUAGUGAUACACCAGAGGACUCACACAGGAGCGAAACCAUAUAAGUGUCCAGAUUGUGGGAAAAGUUUCGGUCAGAAUUCCAAGCUGGUGAUACACCAGAGGAGUCACACAGGAGAGAAACCGUAUGAGUGUCCAGUUUGUGGGAAAAGGUUCAGUCAUAAUUGUAACCUGGUGGGACACCAGAGGACUCACACAGGAGAGAAACCGUAUGAGUGUCCAGACUGUGGGAAAAGUUUUAGUCAAAAUUCCAACCUGGUGGUACACCAGAGGACUCACACAGGAGAGAAACCGUAUGAGUGUCCCAACUGUGGGAAAAGUUUCAGUGUUAAUUCUGCCCUAGUGAUGCACCUGAGGACUCACACAGGAGAAAAACCCUAUGAGUGUCCAAGUUGUGGGAAAAGUUUCAGUCAUAGUUCUGCCCUAAUGAUGCACCAGAGGACUCACACAGGAGAGAAACCAUAUGAGUGUCCAGUUUGUGGGAAAAGAUUCAGUCAUAAUUUUAACCUUGUGAAACACCAGAGGACUCACACAGGAGAGAAACCCUAUGAGUGUCAAAAUUGUCAGAAAAGUUUCAGUCAGUAUUCCAGCCUGCUUCCUCAUGGAAGGACCCACACUGGAGAGAAACUCUACCAGUGCUCCCAGUGUGGCAAAAGGUUUAGCACACAGACCAAUCUGGUGAGACACAAGAGGACUCACACUGGGGAGAAACCCUUUGAUUGUCCUGAUUGUGGAAAAAGUUUCAGCCAGAAUUCUGACCUGGUGAUCCACCAAAGGACUCACACGGGAGAAAAACCAUAUAAGUGUCCAGAGUGUGGGAAAAGUUUCACUAAGAAUUUCAAUCUGGUGAUACACCAGAGGACUCACACAGGAGAUAAACCGUAUGAAUGUCUGUAUUGUGGGAAAAGAUUCAGUCAGAAUGCCAACCUGGUAAUACACCAAAGGACUCACACAGGAGAAAAACCAUAUGAGUGUCUGUAUUGUGGAAAAAGUUUCAGUCAGAAUGCCAACCUUGUAAUGCACCACAGGACUCAUACAGGGGAGAGGCCAUUUGAGUGUCCGGAUUGUGGCAAAAGUUUUCAGCAGAAUUCCAAGCUGGUGAUACACCAGAGAACUCACACAGGUGAGAAACCGUAUGAAUGUCUGGAAUGUGGGAAAAGUUUCAAGGAAAAUUCCAGCCUACUGUUACAUCAGAGGACUCACACAGGAGAAAAACCAUAUGAAUGUCCAGAUUGUGGAAAAGCUUUUAGUAGGAAUUCCAACCUGCUGAUACACCAGAAGACUCAUACCGGAGAUAAACCAUAUGAGUGUCCAGAUUGUGGGAAAGGUUUCAAUUGGAAUUCAGACCUGGUGAUACACCAGAGGAUUCACACAGGAGAAAAACCAUAUGAGUGCCUGGAUUGUGGAAAAAGUUUCAGUCGGAAUUCUCACCUGGUAGAACACCAGAGAACUCACACAGGAGAAAAACCAUAUGAGUGUCCUGAUUGUGGGAAAAGUUUCUUUCGCAAUUCUAACCUGGUGGUACAUCAGAGAACUCACACAGGAGACAAACCAUUUCAGUGUCUAGAAUGUGGUAAGAGUUUCCAUUGGAAUUCUGCUCUGGUGAUACACCAGAGAACUCACACAGGAGAAAAACCAUAUGAGUGUCUGGAGUGUGGGAAAAGUUUCAUUCGGAAUUCCGACUUGGUGAUACACUGGAGGACUCACACCGGAGAGAAACCAUAUGAGUGUCCAGAUUGUGGGAAAGAUUUCAGCACUCAGUCUAGCCUUAUAAACCAUGUAAGGUUACACAUAGGGGAGAAACCAUUCAAGUGCCCAGAUUGCGGACAAUGCUUCACACAAAAUUCCUCCUUUAUCACACAUAAGAAAUUCCACAUGAGACAAAAUUUGACGUGUAUAGAGGAAUCUUGAAUUUCAUUUCUUAUCUCUCAUUGCAAGCUCAACUGGGAAAUUAACUAUUUUAAUUUCUUGCCUGAUUGUUUUUAAUCAAACAUGUCUUAAUAUGUCUUAAUAAGAUCUGAAUUGAGAAGUCCAAGCUCUUUCUGAGCUUUCUUGCCUCUUGCGCAAGUGGAGAUGCAUGCGCAAUGUGCACACUUCCCUGCCACUUGCACGGCCCAGUGGUUGGGGACCCCUGUCCUAGGGUCAGGAUUUUGCCCCCCAUUGUAGUAAGUCAAGGAUUAUCUGUAUUAGAUGAACAAAAGUGGAAUGUCUCAAUUUUAACCACAAUGGAGGAAUGGUUGUUGAAGAUGACGGAAUUUUCUGCGAAACUAUAUUGACUUCCUCAACCAGAAAAAAGACAUUCUCUAUAUUCAUUACUGAUUAGAAGUUUGUUAGAGAUUUGCGUGAAACAGGAAAAAAAUGAAGUUAUUAUUUACAGUUGUGAUUAUAAAAAAUAAACCAGGUAGAAAAAAGAGUUUUUAAUCAUAGAGUAAGACCUAAUUUUGUAUUUCUAAUUAUAAUUACUGUAAAGGAGAUUGGAAGUAACUUCUCUCUUAUCUUUUUCUUUUUGCACUUUUGAUUUCUUUUUUCUUCUAUUUAGUGUGUUCUUGCUUUUAAUCUUCUCUUUAAAAUUAAUAAAAAUUAUAUUUUAAAAAUCCAGCGUAAAAGUCAAGGACACUGGAUGGAAAGCCACGAGUUCCAGUGCUAGGUUAAACAGGAAGGUAGCUGCCAGGUGCCAUGAAAUCCUAAUUUAAGAUGUCAAAUGAGAGGCUGAAAGUAUCUCUGCAGGUCAAAGUUCAAAAUGAGAAUAUGGCCUCCAGGAAGUGCUUUGUAUUCUGUCUUGAGUUCCUGAACAAAAAGGGAAUCAAUAAAAUUUAUUCAUUUUAAUUUAUUAAA